UCUCAAAUGUGGCAGGGCGGGUCGAAGGUAUCCUUUAGGUAUAAAUAGCCGAGAUCAUUCCAAAGUUCUCCAUUCACAUUGUCUUCACUUGAGCAGCACAUUGCUAGAGGUGUCGAAAAGUGUUAAUUCAGCAACUACAUUCUUCAAACAUGUUUAAACUUACUCUCGUCGCUUGCGCCAUUGCGGCUUGUGCCGCUCAACAGGCUGCUGUUGAUCCCAAGGCUGCCAAGAUCCUCAAAGAGCAACGCUUCAAUGCUGGCGAUGGCCGUGCUGGAACUGCUUUUGCCACCGAGGAUGGCUUGGUCUUUAGGGAGGAAACUGACGUGGACGGUAACCGAGUGGGGCAAUACUCUUAUAUUGGUGACAACGGACAAACUUACACUGUCAAGUACUCGGCUGGCACUGACGGCUUCAGGAUCUUGAGCGGUGACCACAUUCGGGCCACCGGUUUGGAUGCUGCCCCUUACAAUGCUCAAGAAGCUGGUAUCGAGAAUGUUGAACAACAAGAGCAAGCUCAAUUCCAACCUCAACCUCAACCUCAGCCUCAACCUCAACUCCGAGCCCAGCCCCAGCCCCAACCUCAGGCUCAGGCUCAGCCCAUCCAGAGGACUUCCAUCCCCGCUAUUCCUCAAGCCCCCGCUCAGCGUCAACAGUUCGUAGAAGAGGCUCCCGCUGGCAAUCCCUUCAUCAACCCUCAUGAUCCCACUCACCGUAACUUUCAAUUCAACAAGAACGCUGCCAAGUUCGACCCUGAGAACCCCAACACCCGCCAAGCCAACCUCGUGCCCGACUGUGCUGAUUGCGCUGGAGUCAACCCUUUCAUCAACCCCUUUGACGCUAGCCAUCAACAAGGCGCCGGUGUGUUGGCCGGUCAUCUUGCUGGACAGGGAGCUACUGUUCGUGCUCAACCUCCCCGUCGCCCCGCCCCCCGCCCUGCUCCCGCUGCCGCCCUGUCUCCCGUCCAAGCUCUGCCCCAGCAAUCCCGCUUCGAAGCCGACCCCACAACUGUCGCUCCCCGACACAUCUUCCCUCCUGGUCAACUCAAGCUCAACCGCUUCGAGAACGGAUUCAACUUCGAUUUCGAGUCGUAAAUCCUCCAACGGAAGAUCUGAAGCGUGGGUGCAUCUGAGAUUCACCCUGCCUGCCUGUUGUGAUAUUUGUUGAAUGUGUGUGAAUGUCAUCAUGGUCAAGACAAAGGGGAAAGGCUUCAGUGACUUUCUCCCCUCUUCUUCGUAUGACAAAGAUUAAAGUUAUUAAUUCUGAUGAAUUUGCUGUAGAAAACCCUCACCAGGGGGAAAAAAUAAACGUCAAUCUCGAAAA